GACGCCGUCACGUCGCGGUGCUGCUGCUGCCCUGCUUGCUGCCUGCCUCCUGUCCUGCGUGCGUUCAACUUUGGUGGUGCUGGAACAAGUGGACAAGCCGGCAACGCCAAACGAGAAAAGGAACCCAAGCCUUCAUCACCAAAAGAAAAAAAAAAAAAGAAAAAGCACACACAAAAAAAAAGGAGUACUCCUCCGUAGACUACGACAUCGUCCGUCGAGGCGGCGAGGAGGCGGAGGCGGAGGCGGAGGCGAAGAUGAGGAAGAAGCUCGGCACCCGGUUCCCCGCGGCUCGAAUCAAAAAGAUUAUGCAAGCAGAUGAGGAUGUCGGAAAGAUUGCACUAGCGGUGCCUGUUUUAGUCUCGAGGGCUCUUGAAUUGUUUUUACAAGAUUUAAUUGACCGGACUUAUGAAAUUACUCUUCAAAGUGGAGCAAAGACACUGAAUUCCUUCCACCUGAAGCAAUGUGUGAAGAGGUACAGUUCUUUUGAUUUCCUAACUGAAGUUGUCAACAAGGUACCAGAUCUUGGUGGCGCUGAUUCCUGUGGAGAUGAAAGAGGAUUACCUAGAAGAAGAAAGUCAAAUGGCAGUGACCCAGAGAAUGAUGAAUCAAGAUCUAGUAAAAUGGUCAUAAGAAAUGCAAACAUCAGCCCCAGAGGACGUGGGAGGGGUCGAGGCAGAGGGCGAGGUCGGCCACCAACCAAGAGAAAGGAAGUUGGUUAUGUGCAAUUUGAAGAUGAGAGCAGCAUGUUUGCUGAACAAGGUGAACCCUUACCAGGAGAGGAAACAGUUCAAGAGAUCAACAAUGGCAACGAGAUCAUGCCUCAAAGCACGCAACCUCCAGUAGAGGCUCCGCCAACAGCCCCUGCACAAGCUACAAGUUCUAAGGUGGAAGAAGCGAACACCAAUCAUCAGUCAGAUUGGCCUAUGCCAGAUGCCAUUGGAAGCAUCGGUGUCGGUCCGUCUGGUUUUGGGCAUCUGACAGUGCAGGUCGAUGAAGACGAGGACUACGACAAUGAGGACUAGUCAGGGCCAUUCUCAUUGUAUGCACUAACAGGACUGUUCUGGUGUUGUAAAAUGUAAAUAUAGUUUGAAAUAGUUGCCCGCAGCUUAGCUGUGAUUGUCUGUUGUGCGGUUAUUAUGUAGUACUGUGUAACUUCUGUUUUUCCAAUAAUUGCUUGGUAGUUGCUUUUUGUUUACAUGAUCGACUGUCUAAGCGUUUUGUCAUAUUUAACACCGUAUAUUUGAGCAGGGAUCGGCUAUUUUAAGUAUUUUGCUUUUAUUCAA